AUGUCUAUUACAACCGUCCAAACCAAUGGUAUCAUCAACAAGGAGGCAACUCUAACCAAGGGGGAAACUAUAAUCAUGGUUGGCAAGACAAUUCCAACCAAGAAUGGUGGGACAACUAUAAUCAAGGAGGUAGGGACAAUGGAGGGAAUCAAAGGUGGAACAACAACAACCAUCAACAACAAUGAUACCAACAAACCCACCAUACCAACAAAAUCUACCAUACUAUCAAAACCAACUAUACCAACAUCAAAACCAAGGAAGAAACUACCAAACCUACUAACCACCACACCAAAGGGUGGCAUCAAUGCCAUUACCUUGAGGUCCAGAACGAAAUUGCAAGAAAGGAGUCUGGAGCCACCACACCAAAAGGAAGUCACUCAAGAGGAGGAUGUGGUUGAGGUAGAAGAAAUUGAAGAGAAGGAUGAGGCACAUGAGGUAGUCAAAGAAGAAUUCAACCAACCAAGAGAUGGAGUCUCUAAGAAGAAUUCAGUGGAGAUGUUCAAAAAGGUUGAGGUAAUCAUCCCUCUUUUUGAUGCUAUUCACCAAGUCCCUAAAUAUGCCAAGUUUCUAAAAGAUUUGUGUAAGAACAAGGAAAGAAUUCAUGACUUAGAAACUAUUCCAUUGGGAAGCUCUAUUUCGGCUUUGAUGGGUGCAAUUCCAGAAAAAUGUGGUGAUCGGAGUCCUUGCUUAGUCACUUGCACCAUCGAUGGGGUCAAAUUCAUUGAUUGCAUGUGUGAUCUUAGUGCCUGUGUUAGUAUUAUGCCUCUAUCCGUUUAUCAAGUGUUGAAGCUCCCACCAUUGAAACGGUGGGCGGCUCGGUUCGUAUUAGCGGAUAAGAGCAUAAUAUAUGUGGUUGGUAUUGCGGAGGAUGUGUUGGUGAGUAUAAAGCGAUUAGUCUUCUCGAUUGAUUUUCAUAUUCUUGAGAUGCCACCUAAUGAAUCUGAAAGGACAUCAUCUUUCUUGCUUGGGAGGCCAUUCUUGAGGACCUCCUGGUUCAAAUUGGAUGUUUUCUCGUGUACUUAUUCUUUUGAGAUCGAUGGAAGAGUUGUGAGCUUUAGUCUUGAUAAAGCCAUGAGACACCCACCGGAAGAUCACUCAAUUUUCUGGUGUGACUUAAUUGACAAUAUUGUGGCCGAAUUAGAUAAUGAUAUUCUUGAUUAG